GAAUCAUCACCAGCAAUCACUUCUCUCAGGACUGCUUGUUAAGAAAAAUAAACUCCUAUUUAUUGAGACCAUGAGAGUUACGUUGAGAGGGCCCGGCCCCAGCCUCCGGCCGCCCACCGGGGUUUGUCCCGCGACGCGCGACCAUGCCCGCCGACCUCAGCGGUACCUGGACCCUGCUCAGCAGCGACAACUUCGAGGGCUACAUGCUGGCCCUAGGUAUUGACUUUGCCACUCGUAAAAUAGCCAAGUUACUGAAGCCACAGAAAGUGAUUAAGCAGAAUGGGGAUUCUUUUAGCAUCCACACGAACAGCAGCCUAAGGAACUACUUUGUGAAAUUUGAAGUUGGAGAAGAAUUUGAUGAAGAUAACAGAGGCCUGGACAACAGAAAAUGCAAGAGCUUGGUUAUCUGGGACAAUGACAGGCUCACCUGUGUCCAGAAGGGAGAAAAGAAGAACAGAGGCUGGACCCAUUGGAUCGAAGGAGACAAACUCCACCUGCAUAUGGGAGUCUUCAGGAGACUUCCUGCCAGACCACAUCACAACUGACCUGACCCAGAAGUACAUCGGAGAAUUCAGCUGUCUUCUAUUAAGCCAGACAUUAAAGAGAUUUGCAAAAAUGUCAAACAAGGCCACUCUGCAUGUGAUAGGCUUAUUUUAAAAAAUGAAUUAAUAUGUCUCUCGGUUGCCGUUUCUAAUACAAUCUGUCUGCCUCGGCCUCCCAAAGUCCUUGGAUUAUAGGUAUGAGCCGCUGCACCUGGCCUAGCCUUUUCAUUUGGAGUCUCAGACAGUGAAAUUCAGUCAAUAUAUUUAUAAUGAAUACUUCUUUUUUUUGAGAUGGA